GGGGGGGAAAGGCGUAACGAACAUUUACACCAACUCAAUCAGUGUAGAAGACUCUACUUCGAGCUUUCUUGAAAGGAUGUAUGAGUUGGAAUUCACUGAGCCAUGUAGCUCAAGACGCGGAAUGUCUGUUGAGGAUAAACGCGCAUUAGAGCAGAUGGAGUCAUCUAUCGUUAAAUGUGGUUCACAUUAUCAACUCAAUUUACCAUGGAAAAGCGCAUGCCCAAAUUUGCCAAACAACUAUCCUGUCGCUUACCGAAGACUGAUGUCAUUGCGCAAAAGGCUCGUUGCCAACCCAGAGUUACAUCAGAUGUACACAGCUGCCGUUGAAGAGUACGCGUCGAGUGGGUUUGUGGAAAUGAUUGACCUAGGACCGCUUGGUGAUAAAAAAGGCGUUUGGUAUAUGCCACAUCACGCUGUGACGCACCCCAACAAGCCCGGGAAAGUCCGUGUCGUUUUCGACUGUGCCAGCACCUACCAGGGUACUUCAUUAAACCAACAAUUGUUGAAAGGGCCCGACUUAGUGAACAGUCUGGUUGGCGUUUUACUGAGAUUCAGAAUGGACAAAGUGGCGGUAACUGCCGAUAUAGAAGCCAUGUUUCACCAGGUAAUGGUGACACCGAAAGAUAGAGACUAUUUGCGUUUCUUGUGGUGGCCAAAGGGCCGAUUGCACGAAUCACCGAAAGCGUUCCGCAUGACGGUCCAUCCCUUCGGUGCAACCUCCUCGCCAUGCUGCGCGUCAUUUGCACUCAGAAGGACCAUAGAAGAUUGCAGAACUGAGUAUCCGGAGUCGACGCUGAACCUGAUGCAGCGAUGUUUCUAUGUCGACGAUUGCCUGUUUAGCUGUGGUAGCCGGGAAGAAGCUAGUCUCCUCAUUACACAAUUUGAAGCGAUUGCAUCCAAGGGUGGGUUUCACUUACGGAAAUGGAAGUGUAACGAUGAUCAAAUUCUGCAACAAAUGAUGACGAGUGCGUCUGCCAACGAAUCAGUCCAGUUGACUUUACAGUCCGAGAAUGUACAACCUACGUUGGGACUAAAAUGGCACUUGUCAGACGAUUGCAUAACAUUUAGCCUGAGAAAGUUCGAAGGGGAUUGCACUCGAAGAUCGAUUCUGUCUUUCAUCGCCGCGAUUUAUGACCCACUAGGUCUGAUAGCACCGGUACUGUUGCGUGCCAAGCAGCUGUUGCAAUCCUUCGUACGAAGAGGAUUUGCUUGGGAUAUACAGGUAGACGGACCGGAACGGGAGGAAUGGUAUUGCUUCCUGCGGGACACCCAGCUACUAGAGCGACUGAGGAUUCCUCGGUGUGUUAGACCGAAGCCAUUCACCGACGACGACAUGCAGCUGCAUUGUUUCUCAGACGCUUCAGAACAUGGAUACGGAGCGGCAGUUUACGUCAGGAUUGUUGGCCGAAAUAAUCAGAUUUGGUCUACUCUCAUUAUGGGAAAGUCGCGUGUAUCGCCGAUAAGAGCAGUUACAAUACCGCGUCUAGAAUUAACCGCCGCGGUCCUUGCCGUCCGGUUAGCCAUUCAAGCAGUUGAGGAGUUGCAGCUAGACAAACCUCCGAUAUUUUGGACUGACUCGAUGGUGGUGCUGCAGUUGAUCCGGUGCACGACCAAGAGAUUUACAACGUUCAUCGCGAACAGACUGUCCGAGAUACAUCAGUUCUCCGACCCGAAGCAGUGGAGAUACGUCGAAACAUCUGCGAAUCCAGCCGACAUAGCCUCUCGCGGAUUACGGGUGUGUGAUGGAGUUCAAAUGGGGAAAUGGCUUGAAGGAGCCUAUUUCUUACGCCUCAAAGAAGUCCAUUGGCCCAAACUUCCGGAAAGUUUAAGCGAAAUCCCGAAUGAGUGGCUGAAGAAGGAGCAUGUUACAGUCCAUAGUGCAACAUUAACGAACACUUGGUUAGACAGGUUCGCAAGCUGUAGUAGCUGGGUCAAGCUCAAACGAUGUGUAGCCACAUUACUCAGAUUUAAACGGUACUUGCUGAAAAGAUGCGGAAGAGGUCUGAAUAACCCGACUGAUGGUCGUUUGACGUUAUCUGAACUAAACGAGGCCGAAGUGGAGAUAGUGAGAAACGUGCAACAGAUCUCCUUCGCGGAAGAGAUUAAAGUACUGGGAGCGAAUCGACAGAAAGAAGCAGUUAGAUGUUUGAAACGUUCCAACUGUUCGUUGAAGGGACUCUGCCCAUUUUUGAUUAACGGCAUCCUACGAGUUGGUGGCAGACUGAAUUGGGCACCAUUGCCGUAUGACGCUAGGCAUCCUGUCCUGCUACCUGCCCAACAUUACGUGACUAGACUAAUUAUCUUAGAUUGCCACGAGAGAAACGGUCACGUCGGCGUGUCUCACGUCCUUUCUGAACUGCGUCAGCGCUAUUGGAUUUUGCAUGGUGUUUCAGCAGUCCGCAAGGUCCUGAAGGCAUGUGCACGCUGCAUGAUAUGGAAGGCUCAGCCUUGUGAACAACAGAUGGCCCCUCUCAUAGAGGAUCGUUGUAUGGCAUACCAACCGGCGUUUACGGCUGUUGGGGUUGACUAUUUUGGACCACUACUGGUGAAGGAAAAACGAACAACGGGGAAACGGUACGGUUGUAUAUUUACUUGCCUCUCAGUAAGAGCGGUACACAUAGAAAUAACGCACGCUAUGGAUACAGAUUCUUUCUUGUGCGCCUUCUCAAGAUUUGUCUCGCGACGUGGCGUACCGCUGAGAGUGUACAGUGACAAUGGACAGAACUUCCGUGGAGCUGAGGGUGAACUGAGAGGUAUAAUACGAUCAUGGAAUCAAGAUAAAUUGAGCCGAAUGUUGAACGACAGGAACUGCGAAUGGAUAUUCAAUCCGCCCUAUGCGAGUCAUCGUGGAGGAGCGUGGGAACGUCUGAUCCGUUCAAUACGGACGAUACUUAGAGUGAUACUCGGUAAUCGGCUUGUUAACGAUGAAAUUCUUCAGACAACCUUAGUGGAGGUGGAAAGAAUACUUAACCAGCGACCCUUGGUACCCAAUCCCGGUCACCCCGAUGAGUUCGGUGCUAUAUCGCCCAGCCAAUUAUUGACCUUAACAGCAGACAGGGCACUGGACCCAGAGCAGGCACGAAUUCCCCACAGGCUGACGAGACAAUGGCGCCAAGUGCAGCAGCUGUCCGAUGAAUUUUGGAAAAGGUGGUUAACUUGUUAUUUGCCGAUUUUGCAGUUUCGUCAAAAGUGGCACACAAAGAGGCGCAGUUUACGGAGAGGUGAUCUUGUUCUAAUCGCCGAUGUACGCACGCCAAGAGGUCUGUGGCCAAAGGGCAUAAUAGAAGAAGCGAAGGCUGGGCGCGAUGGACUGGUCCGGGAAGUUCUGAUACGUACAAACAAAGGAACAUUACGGAGAGACGUACGACAAGUGUGUCUAUUAGAGGAGACUUUGGACGAAGAAUUCAGCGAGGAGGCCAAAGACGCUGGGGGAGUGUGAAUUCUAAAUUCUCGAUUCUGAACUAUACUACUGCACAUUUACCAGUAGUUCAAUUUCUUUAUAUUUUUCCCGUUGGACGGUGUGGUACUCGAGUUUACCUGUUCAUGCACAAAUGUUCGGCUUUAACAAACUGAUAAAACCCUGCAAUUUUUCUGCAUUUAUUAUCUUUCUUUUUCUUUGCUUAAUUGUUGUGAACUUACGGUUUGCGUCUCAUCGGUUGUAAUUUGUUUUACUGUGCCAAUUUUACGGACUAUUCGCCAUUUGCGCAGACUUAACUGCUGACGUGGAAUAAUUGCUGCCCGAAUUAGCGAGUCGCAUUACCUAUUCGUGAGUUAAUUGUAUUCUUUUUUGUUUAUUACUGCUAUUGUAGAACCACGGUUAUUCAGUAUACUCAUUCCGCCCAC